AUGUUUCCUAUGGUGACUGGGUUCAUGAAUUAUGGUCAACAGACAGUACGAGCUGCAAGAUACAUUGGUCAAAGUUUCAUGAUUACCUUAUCUCACGCAAAUCGUUUACCUGUAACUAUUCAAUAUCCUUAUGAAAAAUCGAUCACAUCAGAGCGUUUCCGUGGGCGAAUCCACUUUGAAUUUGAUAAAUGCAUUGCUUGUGAAGUAUGUGUUCGCGUAUGUCCGAUAGAUCUACCUGUUGUUGAUUGGCGAUUAGAAACAGAUAUUAGAAAGAAACGAUUGCUUAAUUAUAGUAUUGAUUUCGGAAUCUGUAUAUUUUGUGGUAAUUGCGUGGAGUAUUGCCCCACAAACUGUUUAUCAAUGACUGAAGAAUAUGAACUUUCCACCUACGAUCGUCACGAAUUAAAUUAUAAUCAAAUUGCUUUGGGUCGGUUACCAAUGUCUGUAAUUGGAGAUUACACAGUUCGAACAAUUAUGAACUCAACUCCAAUAAAAAUAUCUAUGGAGAAACCCCUUGAUUCAAGAACGAUUACCAAUUAA